GUGUGCUUGAGGAGGGAUAAAUGUCAAUGGACACAUGAAACUUUCAGAUGCUGUGAAAGCUGUCCUCAGAACAGUCCUCUGGGGUUCGCAGUGUCCUUCAUGUUUAGAAUCAAUUUCUGCUCAUACAACUAAACGUCUCUUCGUUAAUUGAAAAGGAAUGGCAGGGCUCUCUACAGAAAAUUCAGGAAAACUCUUUACAAUCGGAUGUUGAUUCGGGUAAGGUAAUUUCAUGUAAGAUGUGCGUUGGUUACAAGAAAAGUUAGCUAGCUGGCUAACCUAUGAAUCCGAGGUAGCUCCGUCGUGACAAAGCCGGUAAGAAACCCUCCUGUCAUUGGCUUUUAGUCAAAUUAACGCCAAAGACCACAGAACCAUUAGAACCAUUCUACACGCUUAGAGCCACUCAACAAAUCGACAAGCGCAAGCCGAUGCAUUGCAAAUCACCACCCAGGUGAGAACAUGGUAGACCUCCAGUCCCUCAAAUCCUACUGGCCUCUCAUCCGUUUUCUGGUGCCGUUGGCUAUCACCAACAUAGCCAUCGACCUUGGGGAACAGGCUCUGAACAGGGGCAUUGCCACAGUAAAGGAAGAUCGAGUGGAGAUGUUGGCCAGCUAUGGGCUGGCCUACUCGCUCAUGAAGUUCUUCACUGGGCCCAUGAGUGACUUCAAGAACGUGGGGUUGGUGUUUGUCAACAGCAAGCGGGACAGGCAUAAGGCUGUGCUCUGCAUGGGCGUGGCUGGAAUCAUCGCUUUUGUUUUGCACAUCCUCAUUGCUUAUACAGAUCUUGGGUACUACAUAAUAAAUAAGCUACACCAUGUGGAUGAAUCCGUGGGCGGCAAGACGAGACGGGCCUUCCUUUAUUUGUCACUGUUCCCAGUUCUGGAUGCCAUGGCAUGGAUCCAUUCUGGAAUUCUCCUCAAGCACAAACACAGCCUUCUUGUUGGCUCAGCCUCCAUAUCAGAUGUUGUGGCACAGAUUGUAUUUGUGGCCAUCCUACUCCAAAGUAACCUGGCGUGUGUGGAGCCUCUCCUCAUCCCCAUCCUGUCGCUCUACAUGGGUGCACUGGUACGAUUCACCAUCGUGGCACUGGGCUACUACUGCAGCGUCCAUGAAAACAUUCCAGACUCCUGUAGCAUCGAAAUUGGGGGAGAUGCAACCAUUAGGACGAUGCUGAGUUUCUGGUGGCCACUGGCCCUCAUUUUGGCCACACAGAGGAUCAGCAGACCAGUCGUUAACCUCUUUGUGUCUCGCGACCUCAAGGGAAGCGAAGAAUCUACUCAGGCUGUUGCAGUCCUCACCGCCACUUACCCAGUGGGCCACAUGCCUUAUGGCUGGCUUACUGAACUUCGGGCUGUCUACCCUGCUUUCGACAAGAACAAUCCCACCAACAGGCGGCUCGUUGGCACCUCAGUCACCAAAUCGCACAUAAACAGAUUCACACUCUGCUGCUUUUUGAUCUCUCUCAUGAUGUGUUUCAUAUUGUUCUGGAGUCCUGGAAUAUCUGAGGGCAUCUUGGUGAACAUCAUUGGGGUCGAUACAUCCUUCGCCCAACUCUGCGUCAAUCCACUGCGGAUCUUCUCCUUUUUCCCCCUGCCAGUUUGUGUCCGUGCUUACUUGACUGGCUGGCUCAUGACACUGAAGAAGACCUUUGUCCUGGCACCCAGCUCUGUGCUGCGCAUCGGAGUCCUGAUCAUCAGUCUGGUGGUACUUCCCUACAUGGGAGUUCACGGAGCCACUCUGGGAGUGGCAUCACUGCUGGCUGGAUUUAUGGGAGAGUCUUUCAUGGUUGCUAUUGCCGCCUUGUGCGUCUACAGAACACAGAAGAGUAACAACAAAAACGAGCUGAUGGCUGAUGGAGAGAACUCCUCCCCCAUGAGGGAGGUCAACCCCACGACCCAGUUAGACAACAUUCAGGAGUUGGGAGAAGGGGAGGACCAAUGAGAACACAAAAACAAACCCAUCAAGCUGGCAAGUUCUGAAAACAAAAGUCUGAAGUCUUUGCUUGGAUGUGAUGGAGCCAUCGGUUGCACUUU